AUGGCGGAAAGCGCACGCCGUUCGCCUAGCACAGAGCUUAUCCUGGAAUUGCCAGCAUAUGCCUCUGUGAAGGUGACAGUAACCACUCCUAGUGUGCAAGUGGCUCGAGGGGGAAGCGCUCUAUUGCCCUGCUCAUUUCGCACUACAGCGGCUCUCAACCGGCUUAACAUUAUUUGGACAGUCUCUCCCUUGGUAGAACCACAAUAUCCUCUUCAGAUCAUCUCAUAUGAGCAGGGUCAAAUUGUGGGAAGUUUAAGUGACUAUUUAGGACGAGUGGGAUUUGCCUUCCAUCCAACCAAAGAUGCCAGUAUUUUUAUCAAUCAAACCCGUAGCUCUGAUACUGGUACCUACCAAUGCACCGUGAUCAACCCUCCAGAUGGAGCAACACCUAACAUAGGUGUUAUAGGACUCACUGUCCUUGUUCCACCAUCAAGUCCAGAAUGUUCAAGUGAGGGGUAUGGACAAGAGGGAGGAAGUAUUCGUCUCCAUUGUUCAGUGCGAGAAGGUAUCCCAACUCCCAGGUUUAAAUGGGAGAAAAUACCACCAGACACUCAGGCGCUAGUUAUCAAACAGGAAGGAGAUCAUCAUGCCUCAGUCACUCUUCAUAAUCUCAGUGCAGGAACGUCAGGUCUCUACCGCUGCACCGUCACCAAUCAGCUGGGCUCUAGAAGCUGUGCUGUAGCACUCAAUGUACAAAUUGCAAUGCUGGGAACUCUGGGUAUUAUUGUUGGUGUCACAAUAACUUUGUUUAUGGGCCUGGUACUUUUGGCUCUAUUUGCUCUGGUGUUAUGCUUACACCAUCAGAGCCGAGGAAAGGACCAGGAGGCAGAUGAGAUGUGUAACAACAACAGGGUGGAUGUUUUCUCUACAGCAAGACCACAGACACAGCCCCAAUGCCAUGACAAGGCCCUGUGUAAUAGGGUUACCAAACCUUUGUGGACACUAGACAGCCAGUCACGCGAUCCAUCUUCUGAUGUUUUAUAUAAUGUUCACCGGAGCCAACUGUCACUGACUGUGCAGGAUACAUCUAACUACAGGAGUACAACACCUUCAUCCCGUGAGGAUGAAUCACCCUCUGAGAGUUCAGGGGAAGAUCACUGGGUUCAGCAUCCUACCACUGUUCUCAGGACAUCUCUGUACCCAGCAAAUUCUGGAUUUUUAGUUUGA